UCUGUAGCGUUGCUCCUGUCCUGGAACUCACUCUGUGGCCCAGGCUGGCUCGAACUCACAUACAUCUGCCUGGCUCUUUGAUUUUAUGAACAUUUAAGAAAUUUUCAGAAACCAAGACUUGGGGAGGGAGGGCAUCUCCAAAUGGCAAGCUCAGCAUAACCAAAUUCGAAAUUACUGACUUUCUUUGAAGGGGAGGGGGGAUGCCAAGAUAGUUUAUUAUCAGAUUUUUUUUUUAAAUCUUGCCCAAAAAAACCCCACAACAUGCCAGUCAAGUGGAAGCAUUUCUUUCACUCCUGUCCCAUCUCCUACCAUUUUCUUCUCUCUACCUCCCUUUUGUGGUGGUGGUGGUGGUGGUGGUGGUGGUGGUGGUGGUGGUAGUGGUGUUUGAGAGAGGGCAUUUGCUGUGCAUACAUUUUUCACAGGCUGGCCUAAUGGCCUCAACUCACUCCGUAGCCAAGGCUCUGGCUUUGGCCUGUCUCACAAUGCUGGGAUUGCAGACAUGCUCUCCCAUCACAACCAUAAAAAUUUACUAAAGAGACUUUUAGAGUCCAGGACUGAAGUAAAGGCAAGGCACAUUCGAUGGUUCAGUUAGUGUCCCAUAUUCUAGGGUACCAAGUGGGAGAUACCAAAUGUCCAAAAGCUAAAAGAAAAAUGUUUCUAAGUCUUUUUGUUUUCAUCACCUUUUUUGGUUGAAUUUUCCUGUCAGUUUCUUUUCAGCGAUAUGUAUUUUCUCCGACUAAGUAACUGUAAGCAUGUGUCAUGCUGGGAUCGGUGAUACCACUUUUUUCUUUAAAAGAUUUAUUUAUUUGUUUGUUUGUUUAUUUAUUUAUUUAUUAUGUAUAGUGUUCUGCCUGCAUGAAUGCCUGCAGGCCAGAAGAGGGCACCAGAUCUCAUUACAGAUGGUUGUGAGCCACCAUGUGGGUGCUGGGAAUUGAACUCAGGACCUCUGGAAGAGCAGCCAGUGCUCUUAACCGUUGAGCCAUCUCUCCAGCCCCCGGUGAUACCACUUUAAUCCCAGAGCUCAGAAGGAGAGGCAGGCCAAUUGCUUAUGAGUUCCAGGUCAGCCAAGGCUAUGCAUCGAGACCCAGUCUCGAAAAUAACAACAAUACCACACAUUCGUUUUUGUCUUUCUACCCAUUAUUCUGUUAAAAAUCUAACAGCAAGGCCACAAAAGAUGGGUCAGCCAGUAAAGGUGCUUGUCCCCAAGCCUGAUGGCCUGAGUUUGGUCCCUGGAACCUACAUGAUGGAAGAAGAGAAGUGAGUCUUGCAAGUUAGCUCUGACCUCUUAAAAACCUCCAUACAUACUGUGGCAUGCAUACAUCUCACCCUGACACACAAAACUGAUCAAUUAAAAAGGGGAAGGGAGCCCGGUGAUAGUGACACACGCCUUUAAUCCCAGCACUCUGGAGGCAGAGGCAGGCGGGUCUCUGUGAGUUCGAGGCCAGCCUGGUCUGCAGAGCAAGUCCUAGAACAGGCUCCAAAGCUACACAGAAACCCUGUCUCAAAAAACAAAACAAACAAACAAAAAAAGGGUGAUGGGGACUGGGGAAAUGAUUCAGUGGUUAAGAAUAUGUACUGCUUGAUGGGCAGUGGUGGCACACCUUUAAUCCUAGCACUUGGGAGGCAGAGACAGGUGGAUCUCUGAGUUUGAGGCCAGCCUGGUCUAUAGAGUGAGUUCCAGGACAGCCAGGGCUACACAGAGAAACCCUGUCUCAAAAAAGAAAAAAAAGAAUAUGUACUGCUCUUGGCAGAAGACCCUAGUUUGUUUCCCAGCAGUUGUGUUAGGCAGUUCACAAAAUGUCUGGAGCUCCAGGGGUUCCCACUACUGUCCUCCACAGGUACCUGCCCUCAUGUGCACAUGGGAAUGUAAACACAUUGACGCACGGUUUUAAAAUUAAAAUUUUUUUUAACGCUAAAGACACUUAAAUAAAACCUUGAAUAUGGGCCUUGGGAAGAGGCUUAGUUAGUAAAAUGCUUUCUGUGCAAGCAUGAGGACCUGAGCACAGGUGAAACCCCAUACAUGUCUGCUUGUGCCUGAAAUCUCAGCUCUGGAAGGGCGAGACAGGCAGACCCCUGGGUUCCCUGGCCAGCCAGCAAGCCUUGCUGGCCAUGAGCUCCAGGUUCAGUGAGAGACCCUGUCUCAAAACAAACAAUAAAUAAGGUGAACAGUGACAGGGGAAGAUGUCUGACAUUGACCUCUGAUCUAUACACACAUGCACAGGAAAGUUCAUCUGUACACUUGUCUAUACACGUAUACACACCCCCAAAAGGAAAAAUAAUUGAAUAUGUUCUCCUUAAAAAGUCAGAUAAGCUGGGCGGCGGUGGCGCACGCCUUUAAUCCCAGCACUCGGGAGGCAGAGGCAGGUGGAUCUCUGUGAGUUCAAGGCCAGCCUGGUCUACAGAGCGAGAUCCAGGACAGGCUCCAAAGCUACACAGAGAAACCCUGUCUCGAAAAACAAAAUGAAACAAAAGUCAUAAGUUUAAAUUGCAUCCUAAUUAGACUUGGAUUAUUUCUGUUUUAAUUUUUUUAUUCAUUUAUUUAUUUGGUGCUAGGAGUAGAACCCAAAGCUUUGUAUCCACCAGACAGAUACUCUUCUCCUGAGCUAUCUUCCUAGCCCCUAUAUGCCAUUAUUUUUUUAACAAGCUAGUUAAUUCCAGCCUGGGAUGUACAUGCUUAUGCUGACAAACACAAUCAUUUGACUAGUCUACUUUUCUAUGUUCAGAUAGUAUUAGUUAGUUUGCUGAAACCAUAGAAACUAAGGUACCUAUAAGAUUGUGAAACAGUUUUUGGAGCAAAGAUCUAUUUUUAAAUUAUGCCACUCCGCACUUUGGGGGAAAAUGGACACAACUCACGUCAAGUGACUUAGCUGACUCCAGAAUUAUUUUGAACAAUAUGUAUUUUUCUAAUUCGUAUGUACUAAUGGUACAAAGUAACAGGCUUCAUUGUGAUAUUUCCAUGCACACAUUCUUAGUCACUGUUCUGUUGAUGUGAAGAGACAUUAUGACCAAGCCAACUCUUAUAAGAGAAAGUGUUUAAUUGGGGGCUUGUUUACAGUUUCAGAGGUUAAGUACAUUAUCAUCAUGGCAGGAAGCAUGGCCACAUGCAGGCAGGCACUGGCCCAGUAGCUAAGAGCUAUAUCCUGAUCUGUAGGCAGAGGGAGCAACACUGGGCCUAUUGUGGGCUUUUGAAACCUCAAAGCCCACCCCCAAUGACACACUUCCUCCAACAAGGCCACACCUAAUCCUUCUAAUCCUUUCAAAUAGUACAGUCUCUGGUGACUAAGCUUUCAAAUAUAUGAACCUAUAGGGGCCGUUCUUAGUCAAACAACCAUAGCACAUAUAGUUACUUUAAUCAUACUUAGUCCUUAGUUCCCCUUUCUUGUACCCCUCACACUCCCUCUAUCCCUUCCACAUCCCUUUUACUUUCAUGUCUGCUCCCACCCUUCAAAUUCUGCAUAGGAGAGAAUGCACGCUCAGCUUAUUUUGGUGAGUCUGGCUUAUCUUGCUGAACAUAAUUUCCACUUCCAUCCAUUUUCCUGCAAACAUCAUUUCUGAACAAUGCUUUUUUUUAUAUACAUUGUGUGUGCGUGUGUGUGUGUGUGUGUGUGUGUGUGUGUGUGUGUGUGUACACAUGCACGCGCACCCAUGAGGUACACAUGCGGUCAGAGAACAACUUGGAGAAGUUGGUUCUCUUCUACCACCAUGUGGAUCACAAGGGUGGUCAGGCCCAGCAGCACUUUGAUCCACUGAGCCAUCCCACCAGCUCUGAACAAUACUUUUUAUAUGGUAGUUGUCUGGUGGCCCCUGUGAUGAAGACCAGAAAAACUUUUUUGAUAAUUUUAUGGCAACUGUGUUUUUAUAGGUUUGAAGUGUGGCCCUUAAGAAACAGAAACCCAGAGGUACCAGGUCUGCUCCCCAGACCCUGCUCUUUCUGGAAUCUGUGUGAUGACCAAGGUGGUGGGCAUGGCCACAGUUCUGGGCCCCAGGCCACCUCAGGAGCCAAUGGGGCCUUCGACUCUUAAAGCUGAAGAGGAUGAAGAGAAGGAUAAGUGCCGCCCUAACCUAGAGAUAUCCCGUCAGCGCUUCAGGCAGUUUGGGUACCAUGACACUCCUGGGCCCCGGGAGGCACUGAGCCAGCUUCGGGUGCUCUGCUGUGAGUGGCUGCAGCCCGAGAUCCACACCAAGGAGCAGAUUCUAGAGCUGCUGGUGCUGGAGCAGUUCCUGACCAUCCUGCCCCGAGAGCUCCAGGCCUGGGUGCAGCAGCACUGCCCUGAGAGUGCAGAGGAGGCCGUCACUCUCCUGGAAGACCUGGAGCAAGAACUGGAUGAGCCAGGACUGCAGGUCUCAUCUCCUCCAAAUGAACAGAAGCAGGCUUGGGAGAAGAUGUCAGCUUCAGGAACUGCAAUGGAGUCCUUAAGCAGUACUACCCAAGCUCAGCCUGUAGAUGCCAGCCCCAAGUAUGAGUAUUGGGGGCCCCUGUACAUCCAAGAGACUGGUGAGGAGGAGGUUUUCACUCAGGAUCCAAGAAAGCGGCAAGGUUUGAAAUCGAAUUCUCAGAAGGAGGACUCAGCAGAUGAGCAGAGAAGUUCUGAAGAGGAAUCUCAUGCAGACGGACUCAAAAGGGACAUCAUCCCCAUGAUUGCUGCCAAUAAGUACAGGUCAAGGUCAGAAAGGCAGUGGGCCAAUAGUCUGGGAAGGGAGAGGGGAGCAAGAGCUUCUCUGCAGGAUGCAGGUUCCAGGAGAGGAGCAGAAUCCAUGUCUGCUAAGCCUGCCCCGGGAGAGAAACGUUACAUAUGUGCAGAGUGUGGGAAGGCCUUUAGCAAUAGCUCAAACCUCACUAAACACCGGAGAACACAUACUGGGGAGAAGCCUUAUGUGUGCACAAAGUGCGGGAAGGCUUUUAGCCACAGCUCCAACCUUACCCUUCAUUACAGAACACACUUGGUGGACCGGCCCUAUGACUGUAAGUGUGGGAAAGCCUUUGGGCAGAGUGCAGAACUCCUUAAACAUCAAAGGAUGCACACAGAAGAGGCGCCCUAUCAGUGUAAAGACUGUGGGAAAGCCUUCAGUGGGAAGGGCAGCCUCAUUCGACACUAUCGCAUCCACACAGGGGAGAAACCCUAUCAGUGUAACGAGUGUGGAAAGAGUUUUAGUCAGCACGCAGGUCUCAGUUCCCAUCAACGCCUGCAUACAGGGGAGAAGCCCUAUAAGUGUAAGGAGUGUGGCAAGGCGUUCAACCAUAGUUCAAAUUUUAAUAAGCAUCACAGAAUCCAUACUGGCGAAAAGCCCUAUUGGUGUAACCACUGUGGGAAAACCUUCUGUAGCAAGUCCAACCUUUCCAAACAUCAGAGAGUCCACACUGGAGAGGGAGAAGUACUGUAACUGUCUAUCCUCCUCUGUUGUUGUUCUUGUUGUAAACAUUAGAAUGUGAGUGCUAGAGAGCAGCUCUGUAAUACAAUGAUGUUUGGUGGUAGAUUUUGCUCUAGUCAUCAAAGGAUGCCAUGGAGGGAGGACUCCACAGUGACAGGGCAGGCGGAGGUCUGCAGAGCAGCAGUGAGCUCCACAGUGGUCACCUCGGCCAGCAGGGUCCCUCUUCACACUCCAGGCCCUAGUGAACUAUGCUGACAUUACCUUCCGCAUAGUUAAACUGAUGUGUGUCCAGUGUAGUUAAGGAAGAAACAUUGAAAUAUGUUUAACUGUUUUAACAUAUAUUCCACAGUUGUAGUUUGUAAAGAACUGAGCCACCUUGAACAGUCUGUUUCAGAAUAAACGUAUAGCAUCA